GCCUACGCUCAAGACUUCAACAAUGAGUUCGGCAUGGACCCCAACAGCUUGGCGUCUUGGCAGAAACUGUGUCGCGCCAUCGGCAUCAGCUCGAUACCAGACAACUUGGAUGCAUGUCGGCGGCUCGUUCGGAGAUCGCACGUCAAUAUCUACAAUCUUGUCGACAACAGGUUGCUUGGAAAACCCUUGAAACGGUUCGACAGCGUGGAGGAUCUGGCUUCUUACUGCGCGGGCCAAGACAAGUAUUUUCCUGCUUCGCACCUCAAGGCCGGAGGACUGCUCCGGUCUUUGCUUCGU